GUCGUCGUCAUGGGCAGUAGCACCACAUCAGAUAAAACCAUCAACACGAGCACCGACUCCGCAGCCACCGCCCUCACCUCCGUCACCGGCACAGACGACUCCAUGGACGCUGAACCUGACCUCAUCGACGCCGACCCACCCCAGCUCCCCCAACCUGAACCCCCUCAAAACCCACCCAGCACCGCACCCCCUCAUUAUCACCGUGCACAAAACAGCUGCGAAUUUGAGGCCCCUUCGUAUACGAUUCCCCAAUCUGCAACCGAUACUCUCGAAUCUCCUAGACCAGGCCCAGCGAGAUUCAUCUUCGACGUACCCUUGCCCGAUCCGAAGAAAAAUGAAAAACCUCGCAAUAAAAUACAAGUAAACCAGGCAAACCAAGGCGGGCCGUCCACUUCGAUACAAAUACCUUACGACCCGAAAGUUGAAACGCCAAAGAGUCCAAAAGCUAAUCAAGUUAAAUAUGAAACACAUUUUGAUUUUGAACCUGAAGCGGUCAAGAGACGAGGCAGCGAAACACGGUUGAAAAAUAAGCAGAAGUUUGACAAACAGGAGUAUUACAAGGAUGAGGUUGCGAAGUUAAGGAGACAGUUGGAAGGUACGGAAGUUUUUACGGCAACUACGCGGAGAAGAUCGUCCACGCACCAACAUUCUGUUCCACCUCCUUCUUCUAGAAGACAGUCGACAGCCGCCCAAGUCCACGUAACGGCAAACCCAUUGGACUCCGCAUCGUCAAUGCCAGCUGGUAGAACAACAAUUGUCGUGCAACAACCAUCCCUAUCCCUUGACUACGGAGGCUGUUCCACAAUUCUCGUGAGGGAUGGAGAAGACGUGCGACGCGCGAGCAGGGUCUGCAGUGAUCACAUACAGCAACUCCUUGAUGUCACCAGCCAGUUUACUUCCGAAGAUCUGCAUGACUUUGAUAAAAGGUAUGGAAGUCCACACCACUCGCGCUCGCAGUCGGUCAAGGCGCAGAGAUCUCGGACGGGGGAGAGGCAGCUGCUGGGGCUACCACAGCAACGCGCCAGGGUCGCCUCCAUGCCGAACACUGGGGUCGAAGAGGAGUACUACAGACUGAGGCAUUUCAGUAUUACUGGUAAAGGAGUAAUUAACAGAGGGGAUUCCUUGCGCUCCCGAAGGUCCAGAUCCAACACCUCAGUUGCGUCAAGUGCGUCCAGCACGGAAGCCGUCACGAGAGCCUCCGCACCUUGCUCACUAGCCUCGUCUAGAAUCAUUUGGGAUUCCUCAGCUGGUCUCAGUACAUAUCGAGUGCUCGUACUUGGAGCCCCAGGCGUGGGCAAGUCUAGCCUCGUGGGACAGUUCAUGACGUCGGAAUAUCUGCAUGCAUAUGACACCAGUAUUGAGAAAGAUGACGAGUCCGGUGAAAAAUCGGUAUGCGUACUGUUGGCUGGUGAAGAAUCGGAGAUCACAUUCCUUGACUCGCCACCAGAUAAUGUCAUCUCGGAAGGAGCGGCCCAUGGCUAUUGCGUAGUCUACUCAACAGCAGAUCGAGCAAGUUUCGCAGAAGCAGAGAGGCGUCUUCAAAUAUUAUGGGCAGCUGGACAUACCUCCAGGAGAGCGGUGAUCCUCGUUGGAAAUAAGGCGGACCUGGCGCGUUCGAGGGUUGUGCCCACUGACGAGGGAAAAGCGUUAGCGACGUCGUACGAGUGCAAGUUCAUUGAAACGUCUGUCGGCAUAAACCACAACGUGGACGAGCUGCUGGUCGGACUCCUCACGCAGAUACGACUAAAACAGCAACACGCUGAGAGAGUGAGAAAACGUAGCGGCUCGCGUAAGAAUCGCAGUCGAGCGCGUUCUCCGCUUGAAGCGGAGACGACGACAACGCCCGCACCUGCCUCCGCUGCCAGUACGCCUAGAAAACGCACGAGACUUUCUGCCAGUGUGAAGGUCCGUGGUCUCCUCGGUCGUGUCUGGGCACGUGACUCCAAGUCGAAAUCGUGCGAGAACCUCCACGUGCUCUAG